AUGAGGGCAGCUCUCCUGAUCCAACGUUGGUACCGUCAGUACGUGGCACGGCUGGAGAUGAGACGCAGGUGCACCUGGAACAUCUUCCAGUCCAUCGAGUACGCAGGAGAGCAGGAUCAGAUCAAGCUCUACAACUUCUUUGGCUACCUCAUGGAUCACUUCACUCCAGCCAGCAGUGAGCGGAACCUGAUCUCACACAUCUUCCGUGAGAACAACAUCUGCCAUAAUGUAGAUUGGGAGAGGUACUUCUGCUACAAGAGCAUUGAGGUACCAGAGCUGUACUCUGGUCCCCACCUCUCUUUCCCCAUAACAUGUUCCAAUGCAGCUGAGCUGGUGGAGGCCUUCAAGAACAAACAACAGCUCCAUUCUCGCUAUGUCCUUCAGCUCCUUGGGGAGACCUGGAGGCUGCUGAGGAUCCUCCCCAACAUCAGUCAGAUCUCCACCUGCCACAACAAGGAGAUCACCAUCUGUGGAGACUUACAUGGGCAUCUUGAGGAUCUUUUGUUGGUCUUCUACAAGAAUGGUUUACCAUCGUCUGAGAAGCCGUAUGUCUUCAAUGGAGACUUUGUGGAUCGAGGAAAAGAUUCCCUGGAGAUCCUCCUCAUCCUGUUUUCCUUUCUCCUGGUCUAUCCUAAUGAUGUCCAUCUGAACAGAGGCAACCACGAGGACCAUAUCGUUAACCUAAGAUAUGGCUUCACCAAAGAGGUGCUUGGAAAAUACAGGCUUCAUGGCAAGAAGAUUCUAAAGCUUCUCCAGAAGAUCUUUAGCUGGUUGCCCCUGGCGACAGUAAUUGACCACAAGGUGUUGGUUCUGCACGGCGGUAUCUCAGACACCACGGACCUUCACCUCAUAUCCAGGGUGGACAGACACAAAAGGAAGAGGCAAAACAGGUCAGGUAUGACCGACUCCGAUCUAGAAGACGAUGACCCAACCGCCAAGUCUGUGGACAGCAGCAGGCGCCGGGUCCACUCCCUGACCCACAGCAGCAGCACAGGGACCAGGCAUGAGGUCCAGCGUCGCUCCCUGCAGGGCCUGAACAACAGGGUGACCUGCUCUGUAGAAGAGGAGCUGAAGGAGAGACGCAGGCAGGCCGGACUUAGCCAGUCCUACGGAGACCUCCGUAACUCCCUGACUAACUCUGACUCUGACCCAGACCCAGACUCUGGAGAGCUGCUGGAGUCGUACGGGGGCGAGUGGAAACAGAUUGUAGACAUGCUAUGGAGUGACCCCAUGCCCCAGGAUGGCUGUGUUCCCAAUGAGGUGCGAGGUGGAGGAUGUUACUGGGGUCCUGAUGUGACAGAAGAGGUCCUGCGACGUCACAACCUCACGCUGCUCAUACGCUCACAUGAGUGCAAGCAAGAGGGCUACGAGUUCUGCCACAACCGCAGGGUCCUAACCAUAUUUUCUGCAUCUAACUACUAUGAGGUGGGAAGCAACAGAGGAGCGUACAUCAGGAUGGGUCCUGACCUGGUGCCUCACUUCAUCCAGUACCAGGCCAACAGGGCUACUAGGGCGCUCACACUGAGACAAAGUGUUGGGCGGACUGAGCGUUCAGCUCUCAGGGCUUUGAGGGAAAAGCUGUUUGCACAUAAGUCAGACCUUAUCAGUUCCUUUCAAGAAUACGACCCGGAAAAUACAGGGCUGAUCUCUCUGGGCCACUGGGCCUGUGCCAUGGAGGCUGUGUUGAGGCUGGGUCUACCCUGGAGGGUGCUGCGGUCUCAGCUAGUGGGAGACACUCUGGAUGGCAUGCUGGACUAUCAUCUCUGGUUCAGAGAACUGGCCAUCACCGAGCCCAACACAGAGCUCUCGAAUGCCAGUCUGCUUGAGACCAUGUAUAAGCACCACUCCAACCUAGAGACCAUCUUCAGGAUCAUAGACACAGACAACUCAGGUCUGAUAUCGUUUGAAGAGUUCCGUCAGACGUGGAAGCUGCUUAGCUCCCAUCUGCAGACAGAGAUCAGUGACGAGGCCAUCAGUGACCUGGCCGUCUCCAUCGACUUCAACAAAGACGGCAGCAUAGACAUCAACGAGUUCAUGGAGGCCUUCCGGCUAGUGGGAGGAGACCUACUGCAGAAUGAAGGUGACCCCCACUGACACACAUCUUCAACAGGAAAUAUAUUACUACAAACUGGAAUCUAUUCAUUGCAAUCAAUGGUCAACAGUAUCAUAGGAGGGCUUCCAGACGACCUACUGCAACAAGGGAGAUGAUGACCCACUGAUAAAGCACUUCAAGAGGAAAUACAGUACAUUACUAACAACUGGAAUCUACCCAUUCAAAUCAAUAGCCUAGCCCUGGAGGGGGUCAACAGUAUGAUCGGACGAGGGCUUUCAGCAACCUGCUGCCACAUGAACAGUAGUCUUGCUUGCCAGCCUCAUGGUGCUCCAUCAUGCUGUGGGGGUGGGGACUACAUGAAUGCUAGUGAAAAGGGAGGGGGAUGAACCUCUUGAGUUUAUUUUUCUCUGAUACCCACUUCUAGA